CACUAUUCUCUUCUUCAUAGCUUACCUUCACACUCUCCCACUUUCUAUUCCCCACUUAUUCCAACACGCUCUUCUAUCUCUCAGAAUCUUCCCAAAAAUUGCAGCUACUCUAUUAAUUCCAUCAUCUCUGAUCUUCUCAUCCAAUUCAAGGAGGAUUGAUUAGUUGGAUCGGAAUGAGUAGCUUAAGGCCUGAAUUGCAUGUUGCACAGCAAAUUCGGCGUGACAAGCUCAGAUUCCAGAAUCUACAACAAGAUUUCCCAACAAACCUUGAAGAACAAAUUUCACUUCACCAACAAGAUUCCAGAAUCUACAACAUGCUUCAUGAUGUUGAACAACCACCACCACAACAACAAUCUCUCUAUUAUGCUUCUUCUUCAUCCCCACAACAAUGUAUGAUUAAUAACAACUCUUACUAUUACUCGGGUAAUUGCAUGGUCAAUAAUUUUGCAACACUAAGUCCUAGUGUCGCUAAUAACCACAACCAUAUAGUGACGGUUGCACAUUAUUCUUCUUCACAACAGAAUAGUAGUAGCAGUAGUAGUAAUAAUAAUAAUGCGGCUUUGCAAGAUAUUCUGAAUCUUAAGCCAGCUUCUAAUAACUCAGAAAUGCAUCAUCAUCCUUAUGUUAUUGACAAUUAUACCCCUACUGCUGCUGGUGGUGGUGGUUGGAAUAAUCAUAAUAAUAAUCAUCAUCAGGGGUUGUCCUUAUCACUCUCAUCAUCAUCACCAUUAAAUGUUCAUGUGAAAUCUUCUACUACUACUACUAAUCCAAUGAUGAUGAUGAAGCCAUCAACUUCUCCUGCAUCAUCAAGUUACUAUUACAGAAACAGUGUUGGUCCACUAGGUCCAUUCACGGGAUAUGCAACAAUCUUAAAGAGUUCAAGGUUCUUGAAGCCAUGUCAAAAGUUGUUAGAUGAAUAUUGCCGCCGCCAUUCCGCUCCAUCAACAUCAGAAUGGCCUUCUACUACUACUUGUGCCGAUGAUGAUGAUGAUGAUAACCAUGAUCAUGGGUUACUUGUUUCUGAAAAGGGAGGUGGUAGUAGUAGUAAUAAUAAUAAUAAUGUUGCAGCAGCAGGUUCUUCUUCAUCUUCUUCCAUGUUCCAUGCCCCUUCUUCUUCUUCUCCUUCUCGGCCAGAGUGCCAAAAGAAUAAGGCCAAACUACUGUUCAUGCAAGAAGAGGUUACAAGGAGAUACAAGCAAUACCAUCAACAAAUGCAAAUGGUGGUUUCAUCCUUUGAGACAGUGGCAGGCCUCAAUUCUGCAACCCCAUACGUUUCCUUGGCGCUCAAGUUAGUAUCAAAGAACUUUAAGUCCCUAAAGAACUCCAUCUCCGGUCAGCUCAAGCUUAUAUGUCAAGCCUUGGGAGAGGAUUAUCCGACAAUGCCGCCGGCCCCCGCGAGUACUAGUAACCGAUUCGAGUCGAACAUGGCAAGGUUACAGAGGAACAAACCCGGUGGUGGUGGGGGUAAUAUGGACUUUGAACCUCAACAACAUGUUUGGAGGCCGCAGCGCGGCUUACCGGAGCGCGCCGUGGCCAUCCUUAAAUCAUGGUUGUUUGAGCAUUUUCUUCAUCCGUACCCCACGGACACAGAUAAACAUAUGCUAGCUACUCAAACUGGUCUAUCAAGAAAUCAGGUAUCAAAUUGGUUCAUAAAUGCUAGAGUCCGGGUAUGGAAGCCAAUGGUUGAGGAAAUUCACAUGCUCGAAACAAAAGGCGCCAAUCAAAUUUCUAGUAAUAGAAUGGGGGAGGGAAAUUCAGCCUCCAAUGAAAGUAGCAACCAUGCCAAAGUAUUAGUUGAUCAACCUCUCGCUAUCUCGGAGAGGCAAAUUCGGUGUUUGGAAAUGGGUUCAUCAUCAUCAUCCUUGGCCAAUGAUGAAGAGGUGCAAUGGAGUCAAGAGAAGAGGUCUAAAUUGGAAUGCAUGGAUGGGACAUUGAUGGGUUUGAUGCCGUUCCGCGGCACCGGCGCCGGCGUCGGUGUCGGCGCCGAGGUUCGGGGACUUGGACCUGUGUCACUAACUUUGGAAUUAAGGCAUGGAGUUGAAGGAUCACAACAACAACAACAAGAGGAGCAGCUUAGACACCACUUUGGAGGGCACAUGAUUCAUGAUUUCGUAGGGUAAUUAGGAACAUCACGUGCCAAGCGCGUGACCAUGGGAAAACCUCUAUAUUCUCAUAUUGGACAAACAUUUAAUUUACUUAAUUGAUAAAGAAAUUAAAGGGAUGGAAGGGGUAAUGUAGAUACUAGUUUAUUGGGCGUUAUAU